ACGUGAACGUGUCAGCUGACUGCUGGGGAAAAGGAGGCGGAAGGCGCCGCUACUGCAGGAGCAGUUUUGUUUUCUUGGUGUAUAUUAUUCUGGGUUAAACGAAGGGGUGCUUGGGUUUGUAGAUGGGGGUAUGAUGUUUGGAGGCGACGAGGAUGAUGCGGAUUUCUUGUCUCCCACUGGAGGGGCAAAACUUGCCUCUCUGUUCAGCCUGGACCAGACAGUUUUGGGUCAAGGGAAUGAGUCUUUCCAGUAUACUGCACCAAAGCAGCCCAAAAAAGGACAGGCACCAACUGGUCAGAAUGCACAGAAGUCUGGAGCGGCCCCAGCACCACUGGCUGUGCUUUAUGCCUGCGCCGUCCAUGCAUAUCGAUAUGUUAAUGGACAGUAUGUGAAACAAGGGAAGCUGGGAACUGCUGUUCUGGGUAACCAUACCACUAAAGAGGUGAGAUGUCUACUUUUGAGGAAGUUAGCAGGAAGAUUGUCUGCAGCAAGGGUGGUAGUUUAUUUUUUUUUUCAGGUUCAGCCUAACAACUAUAGUAGCUUCUAUGAUGACCAAAGACAAAACUGGUCCAUCAUGUUUGAAUCCGAAAAAUCUGCUAUGGAGUUUGGCAAACAGGUUUGUCUUGCAAAGUGUAAUACGGCACCAUUAGUGGAUUCUGUAUUAAUCCAGGAGCUCAUCCCAGGAGAGGGACAGGUGGUAGAAAAUGGAGACUCAUUGGAGGUAGCGUACACUGGUUGGCUUUAUCAAAGUAACUCAUUUGGACAGAUGUUUGACUCAAAUGUGAACAAGGACAAACUUCUGCGGCUGAAACUAGGAUCCAACAAACUUAUUAAGGGCUGGGAAGAAGGCAUGGCAGGGAUGAAGAAAGGUGGAAAGAGGCUAAUUAUCAUUCCACCAGCAUUGGCCUAUGGAGCGCAGGGCGUAGCCGGACGUAUUCCUCCAGACUCCACGCUCAUUUUUGAAGUUGAAGUAAAGCGGGUGAAGUUUGCAAAGGAAGCUGGGUCUGACAAGCAGAGUGUAGGCUCGUGUGACUCUGCCACUCCAUCACCUGUGCCAGUUGUGGAGACACUUUUGGUGGAACCUGGAAUGACUGCUCCCAGUGCUUUGCCUCCUAAACCAGGAGAACCUUUAGUACGUGUCAAGUCAAACUCUUUAAGUGACCAGAUUGCGAAUCCUGAUGCAGCAAAGGCAAAACUGAUCUCUCGAAUGGCAAAGAUGGGACAGCCUAUGUUACCAUUCAUCACAGGACAGGUUACUGCUCAACCAGACUCAAGCGAUUCAGAAAUGGAGGAUCCCACUGCUUCCCGAGGAGUGUCCCAUCCUGCAGCCCCACCCACUGUUCGUCCUCAGCCACACCCAGUGCAGAUGAUGCCUUCUCAAAUGCCAACACAUGCACCUCAACAGCCAGUUACUCUGCAUGCAUCACCAUCCUCUGCAUUGCUUCCUGUCUCUGCUUCUGCAAACCAGACCCAGGGAGGUCUGCCAGAGAAUCUGCACUCUUUCCAGCCGUACACAGCAGUGCAGUAUAAUUAUCCACAUGGUGCUCAUCCGUCUUCCCAGCUUCAACCUGUUGGACAGCUGUUUCCUGCACAGCCACCCCAAUACCAAGUCCCUGCUGUUUCUGGAGAUGUUACAUCCUUCUUGAUGACAGAAGCCCGUCAGCACAACACUGAAAUCCGAAUGGCUGUUAACAAAGUUGCAGAUAAAAUCGAACAGUUAGCAUCUAAGGUUGAUGAGAUGCAGAAAACAAAUGCUGGGAAUGCAACCCUGUUGCCAGGGAUAUCCUCUGUCACUAUGGAAACAUCUAUGAUCUUGCAUAAUAUUCAGAGAAUCAUUCAGGAAAACGAGAGACUGAAACAGGAGAUUUUUGAGAAGAGCAGCAAAAUUGAGGAUCAAAAUGUAAAAAUCAGUGAAUUAAUUCAGAGGAACCAGAGGUAUGUUGAACAAAGUAACAUGCUUAUGGAGCAGCGUAAUGACUCUCUGAAAAUGACUACAGAGCACACCCAGUCUCGGGUGCUGCAGGCAGAACAAGAGAAGGUGAAGGUUGCAGAACAGCUGACUGCUGCCACAUCUCAGGUCUCACGGUUGCAGCUGGAGUUGACUGCACAUCAGCAGAAAGAGGUGGAACUCCGAAAACAGCUGACUGCUGCCUUGCAGGAAUCAGAGCGACAUGGAACCCUGCUGAACACGCUACAGUCCCAGCUUGCAGAGUUACAGGAAACCUCUGAGCAUGCCCAGACUCAGUAUAAGACAGAAAAACAGAGUCGAAAACAGCUGGAAGGGAAGGUCAGCACUCUGGAAGAAGAACUAGCUGACGUUCGAGCAGAGAAGGAGAUUCUGAAAAAGAAUCUGUCUGAGAGGAAAAAGAAUUCUGUAACUGAGCGGCAACGGAUGGAGGAAGAGAUGGAAGAAGCCAGAAAGUCCUACCAGGAGGAAUUGGAGAAUCUCCGUCAGGUCUUAAAGAAGUCACGAGCCAGUACUGACCAGACAGCCACAGAACAGCUGUCAAUUGUCCAGGCAGAGAUAGAGUCGCAGUGGCAGAUGAAGUGCGAUCGGUUGUUGGCAGCUGCAAAAGAGCAGCAUGCAUUGCAGCAGCAGGAGUUGUCUGAGCAGCGUGAUGCAGUUCAGCAGAAGGUGUCCCAGCUGGAGGAAAAGUUGGUAAAUGCGAAGCAGUUGCUGGAAUCAAAGGAGGCAUUACUAUCCGCAGCCCUGGAAAAGACUGAACAACUGGAAGCAGUGAGAGAGAAGUAUUCUUUGAUCCAGUCACGGAUGACUACAAUGAAGGAGCAUUAUGACAGCCAGAUUCAGCAGCUUGAAGCAAAAGUCACUGUAGAGGACAGGAAAACUCAGUCUUCUGAUACUGCUGAGGAGGUGAAAAAGAUAAUGAAUGGUGUGUUUCAGUCUCUGCGUAGCAAGUUCAAUAUGGAAGAUUCCUACAGUGGCAAAGAAGUGUUGGGGGUCAUUAUGGCAACCAUUAAGACAGUGACAUUACAACUUUUGGAUGGACAGCAGGAUUCUGCAGUGGCAAAGAGUGACAGUGAGGAUGAAGAUGAGGAGGAGGAAGAGGAAGUAGAAGAGGAGCCAGAGCAAGAAGUUAAAAUUAGAGCAGAAGUUACUCAACUAGAAGCAAUACCUAAAGAAACUACAGCAGAAGGAACGGAAGAAAUCUUAGUUCCUGCUCAGCCUCAGAGCAGAUCUACCAAGACAGUAACUCCAACUCAAACUGAAAUCACAGAAACUACUAUGUUACGGUUGCAUUAUGAUGGCCAUCAACAGUCUGCUGAAAAACUUGAGUCAGAUCAUGAAAUUAAAGUACAAGAAAUACCCACAGACUCGCUUUCUGAAUCCAUGAAGGACAGUGCCCCAGACUUUAAAGAGCAGAGAGUCUCUGAACUAACAGAGGAACUGCCUCAUGAAGCUCUAUCCCAUGAUCCUCCCGGUUUGAAUUCCACAAACGAUGAACAUUUAACAGAUAAAACUGAACAGGACAAGGGAGUGGAGGUCAAAGAUCAACAGGUUGAAAAUACUUCAGUUACACUAGCUUCUGUGUCAGAAUGUGCAGAGACUGUAAAAUCAGAAAUUAUGCAAAGUGACAAAAGUAGGAAUUCACAAAUAACCACUUAUGACACAGAUGGCUUGACCAAAGGUAUCUUUGUGCAAACAGAGUCUGAACUAUUAACUGUUAAUCAGAAAAAAGAAAAGUUGUCAUCGGAGAAUGAAACCAGCCCUUCUAUCUCUGCAUCUGAUCCUCUGAAAGAGAUUCUCAAAGUCCCUGAGGGGCAGCCUUUCGAAGACAAGCUUGUUUCUGAUAAAAAUGGGUUGAACAUAGUGGAAAUAGACUCUGAUCAAGGCCAUCCUCCUUCAGAAACAAAGGCAGAGCAAAAACAAAGUUCCGCCCAUUCCAGUCUUUUUGGAGAUGAUGAUGAUGAAAGUUUAUUCAAGUCUGCGACCCCCAAAACACCAAAAUCAGUAAUAACCACCAGGCUAGAAGAUGAUGAGGAUGAUGUGUGUUUGAAAGGCCGUCCACCUCCAGCACCCCUGUUUGCUGAUGAAGACGACGAUGACCUUGAUUGGUUGGGAUAAGAGGAAACAGUCAACUUUCUGAAGAGGAUAAAUCUACUGGAUGGCUAGCACAGAUGUACCUGGCCCUUUAUCCUGCACUUUCUGCUCAACAUUCCACAUGAGUGGCGAAGACUGGAAGUUUGGACUGGGUGUAGAGAAUUGAUAUGAAAAUGCAAGGGGAAGGGGAUAGCCUGGUCCAUGCACCUGAAAUUUUCUGCACUACAUUUUAUUAAUUGGACACUUGUGACUUGAGGGCAAUAACCAUAUUCAGUCUCUGAGACUGGCUUCCAGCUUGUAAAGAUGUGUACUCUGACGUAUUUAAAAAAAAAUCCAAAACAUGCCUUAAAAUACACAGAUGUGCACACACACAGCAAAAAGAUAUAUACAUACACACACACACGUGCACCUGUUAGACACAUUCUUUGAUCGUAAAUACUGUUUACCUAAUAUUUACAGAAUAGAGAUUGGUCCACUAAUAAUCAUUCCAUUUUUUUCUCUUUUGAGCUGAUACAAACUUUGAACUUGCCUUGUGGAUGUCUGGGAUCCCUUUCUCAACACUUUUGGGAGUGUUGAUGGCCAACACUGAUGAACCUGUUACAGUUGUAGCUACAUUUUAAGAUGAGAGGUGGGAAACACUAGGUGUGCACCUUGGAGAAAGCCUUGCAUCCACAGUUUGCACUGCUUUUAUAUUUGUUUCUCAGAUGUGGUGUCAAGGAGUUUUGUCUCCCUGCAGUCCUGCUCUUUCAGUUGCCUGGCUACUUUUUCCAGGUUAAAUGUUCUUUGUUAUCGGUAUGUUUGUAUUUGGGUCUUCUUUUCAGCUCAGGAUAUCUGAGCUGCCCCACUGGAGCUUUCUGGCGCUGGUUGUGCUGUAAAGGAGAGAUGUUCCACUUCUGACUGUUAGAAAAAUAACAUUUACUGUAGAAAUCUGUGUUUCUAGGUGGCUGAGUUUGAUUCAUGAUUGAAAUCAGCUUCACUUUUUGCUGCUAUUUUACUGUUCUUACCCACCCAGUGGUGAAAGUGACAGUUAAAGCCACGUAGUUUGCAAUAUGCAGUGAUGUGCAAAGAAUUUGCCAAUGCUGCACAAGUUUGUGGAAGAUUUGGGUUUCAGUGCAUGUUUUGCCAUUGCAUGUGUUGACAGUAUAGCUAUGUUCUAGCUGGUUUGAUAGUUUUAAUGAGUAGUAGUCAUGAUUUUUAUAUACACAAAAUGGGGUUCAGUUACUAAAUUUACUUGAGUAUAUUCCACUGUUCAUGUCACUUAAGCAGCAGUGUUUCUUUUGUGCUUUGUGAUUGAGAGCUGAGGUUACACCUGCAUGUUGUAUAGUUCUAUUUUGUACACCGAUCCUGUUUUAAGCAGCAAUUUCAUUGGUUAUUACUGCCAUCCAUUUUCUGUGCGUGUGUGUUUAGAUCACGUGUGAGAAAUACCAUGGAUUGUUUAUUGAAAGUUAAGCCAAUGUUAUCCCUUUGGCUUUUGAUCAAAAGGUGACAAUUAUGCCAUUUAAUAUUGAAAUUGAUCUCACUUGUUUGCCUUUUUUAAGAGUAAUCUUGUUUUUCUGAUACACAAACCACUGAACCUUAACCGUUUUCUUUAAAUAGCCCCAUAACAGGAUUGUCUUUUUGUGAUUGAAAUGAGUAUUUGAGGCUGGUGGUGAGGAAAUGACAGUUAUUUUCCAUUUUUCUCUCUUGUCCUUCAGGAAUGUGGUGGUGUACUAGAGUUAUCCGUUGUUAUAAUCACAAGUCAAAAAUCUUGGCACUGUUCAUUUAAUAAUGACAUGAGUAUUUUAAGUAAACAUAAAAUAUUGAAAUCUUGCUCGUAUCACUUUCCUUUCAGAUGUCCUUUCAUCUUUAACUUGAUAGGUGACUGACUGUGUGUGCAUGUGUCUCUGUCCCCAGUACUAUUUUUUUUCAUUGUAAAGGGUAGGGUGGGAACCCACCUCUCCUGCAAGACUUAGUGUUUUGUAGGUGGAGAAUCUGUGAAAGAGCAGGCAGAUUUCCCUCCUCUUCCUCACUUCUUUCCUCCCACCAGUACUGAUGAAACUUGUUUCUCACAGGGCAUCUAUAGAAAUCUGGCACAUUUUCUACUAUUCACUGUCUUUUUUUUUCUCCUCUUCAGCCUGAUUUUUCCAGUUGUUCCCCUUUUAAAAGACAUUGUCCAUCUCACUCUACCCACAUUGACUGACAUGCACCCUGUAUAGAAAUGAGUUAUCCUCUCCUAUCUUCAGCCCUUCUAUUUGCUUCAGAAUUACUCAUUUCAUCUGCAUUUUCUGCAUCAAGUAUUUUUUUCAGUGGUUUGGCCUUCGGUCUUCUCAAUAAAUGCAACUAUUUUACUACUG